CCACAGCGGCACAGGGUGCUCAGCACCUUGUGUCAUCCCAGCGCACUCCCACUCUGGAUCAGCCUGGAGAUUUUCACUUGAGUGUGUCACCGAAUGAUGCCAUUUGAUGUUCGGCUUCUGCUGAUAAGCGUGGGACCAUCUGCUUGGCACAUCUCAAGGACUCGCAGCAGUCGGAGAGCAACUCUGAUUUCUUGAGAGCCGGAGGCUGCAGCCGUCCUUGGGGAUGUUGGGACCGGAGACCCUGUCGGUUGGUGGGGCAUCGACAUCGCAGGAUGUGAUGGGACGCUGCCCCUGUUGUCACCUCUGACCCUUCCAGAGUGAAGGACACCAACCGUCACCUGAAGCACCCUGCCGAGGUCUCCUUAUGGAUGGGUCCAACGUGACCCCGACUGUCGCGGAAGCGUCCCUGAAUGCCUCGAGCAGCGGGAACGCCUCCGUGGGGAGUCCGCGUCCGCACAUCCCAGUGGUGCACUGGAUCAUCAUGGGCAUUUCCCCGCUGGGGCUGGUGGGAAAUGGAAUUCUCCUCUCGUUCCUCUGCUUCCGGAUGAGGAGAAGCCCCUUCACGGUCUACAUCACCCACCUGUCCAUCGCAGACAUCUCCCUGCUCUUCUGUAUUUUCAUCCUGUCCAUCGACUAUGCUUUAGACUAUGAGCUCUCUUCUGGCCACUACUACACGAUUGUCACGUUAUCGGUGACUUUCCUGUUUGGCUACAACACGGGCCUCUAUUUGCUGACGGCCAUCAGUGUGGAGAGAUGCCUUUCAGUCCUCUACCCCAUCUGGUACCGAUGCCACCGUCCCAAGCACCAGUCGGCAUUGGUCUGCGCCCUCCUGUGGGCGCUUUCUUGCUUGGUGACCACCACGGAAUAUGUCAUGUGCAUCGACAGCGAAGAGGGUCACUCCCGAAGUGACUGCAGGGCGGUCAUCAUCUUCAUAGCCGUUCUGAGCUUCUUGGUCUUCAUUCCCCUUAUGCUGGUGUCCAGCACCAUCUUGGUGGUGAAGAUCCGAAAGAACACGUGGACGUCGCACUCCUCGAAGCUGUACAUGGUCAUCAUGGUCACCAUCAUCAUAUUCCUCAUCUUCGCCGUGCCCAUGAGAGUCCUCUACCUGCUGUACUAUGAGUACUGGUCCACGUUCGGGAACCUGCACAACCUCUCUCUGCUCUUCUCCACCAUCAACAGUAGCGCCAACCCUUUCAUUUACUUCUUUGUGGGCAGCAGCAAGAAGAAGCGGUUCAAGGAGUCCUUAAAAGUGGUUCUGACCAGGGCUUUCAAAGAUGAAAUGCAGCCUCGGCGCCAGGAGGGCAAUGGCCACACCAUCUCCAUCGAGACGGUCGUCUGAGGCCUGAGGAGGACAGAAGUGUAGACAGAGGUGGUGGAGCACAGGUGACUGACUUAAGCGUGUUUAAACUCCUGAUCCCAGAAGGAUGCCCUUUUCCUGUGCAUGAGAUGCCGACAGCCGUGAGAGUCUGCUCUUGUCCUGUCUCCACUGGAAAAGCCUGAGUCCGCGUCAGGCCUCUGUCACUUCUGUACGUAACAAUCCCCUCUGUGCUCUUGGUGGCUCUUCUGGUGGCGUUUUAUUGUGAUUCACAAAAGCUACUCCAUAGCUGUGACCAGGAGAGGGACCACAACAAAGUGUGCAGCGUGGAGGGAAGAACCAGGGCUUAGCCUGACUCUGCCAUCUGCACCCAUGGCAUCAGGCGGGUGCUCUGACCUGCCUGCGCCUCCCUCCCUCCCUCACUUAUGAAAUAAUCACAGAGGCUGUCCAGACUCCCAGGGUUGCUGUGAGGGUGAAGUGGAGUUAUGUCAAGACCUGGCACGUGGUCAAAUGUUCAAUAAAUCCCCUCCUCACGCCUUCAAGUGGGAGAUGAAGCGCUCAUUUCUGCCUGGUAAAGGGCACGCGCGCAGCUCUAUCUUGCCCAGAUAUUGUCACAUCUUUUAAAAUGUUGGGUGUAGAUGGGCGAAGGCCUUUUGGCUCACAGUGUGCAGUUUCUCGUGGCGUGGCACCUUAGGAGCCUGGUGUCAGCUGUGAAGACAGGCACUUGCCCACCCGGGGGAGUUCCCUGCAGCCUCCUUUCUCGGGGUGAAUCCCUGGCUGCCGUGACUCGUGACUCGGGGCUGGCACUGCUCUGCUGGCACGUGAACUUCCUCAGACACAAGCUCACGAGGCCGGCUGUGUUCUGAAGACCCCCCUCCAGGGUGGGUUACUGGUAGCCACACAGACCUCACCUCAGCCUGGGCAGGUCUCUGCAGCUUGAUGCCUCCCUUCUUGAGGCAUUUCGUUCAUGGUUCCUGGAAGGGGGCUGAGCCGCAGGGCUGUCAGGGAGGCAGCCACACCUGGAGGGAUCUGGAGGUUCUUCCUCAAGACAGAUCUUCGCACGGCUCCUCCAGCAUCUCUACUCAGCUCGGGCCCAGGGCAAGCUCUGCCUCCCGCCUGCCCAGAGUUGCUGUCCCCAGGCAGCUGGUCCCGCGUGUUAGUGGGAAACCUUCCUUGGCUAGGGUUGCGUGCAUUGUUAAUUCCCCUUGGAAAUGGCCAUGCCUCGUGUGAAUCUUCAUGUGAGCAAAAUGUUCAAGUCCACCAGAAGUCCACUGAUAUUUGUUAAAUCUUUGUCCUUCAAAGGGCCGGAGAACCAGGAGGAGAUGAUGGCUCUCUCCUGCUGCCUGUUCCCUCCGUCCCUGUCCUCAGAAACAACCGUCACCCUUACGCACGGGGACAGCUUUGCUGGGGGAGAUGUGUGAGUCUCUCCCACCGAGCUGGGACCUCGCUGCCAGCCAAGCUGGGUGCGGGAGGCUUUUCGGUGGGUGACGACAUGUGACUCAGAAAGCAGGCAGCUUGCUGUCAGGAGCCCAGAUGGGGCCUGGAGCAGCGACAUUUAGAACGAUCUUGUUUUUGGUGGAAAACAGAGCCUCUUCCCUGGGGAAGAACAGGAUCUGGGGAUCAGAGUGGUUUCCCUCUGUUUCCCCGGUGCUGAGUGCUGGGCUCUGGGCUAGAGACGGGGAUCAACCUCAUCCCGUGCCCAGGGGGCUGUGCUCCUCAGAUUUUUUUGUUGUGAAAAGUACCUGAGGCAAUGGACUUACAGGGGGAGACACCCCUUGGUUCAUGGGUUAGAGGUUUCAGUCCACAGUGCUUGGCCCCCGUCCUUUGGACUGUGGUGGCCCAGGGCAUCAUGGCCGGAGCAUGGUGGAGGAGGCCUGUUCAUCUCAGGGCAGCUGGGAAACAAAGAGGAAGGGGCUGGGGCUCCAGGAGCCUGCCAGGGACAUGCCCCCAUGACCUAACUUCCUCUCAUAAGUGCCACCACCUAGAGGUUCCACCACCACCCCAUAGUGCCACAGAAUGGCCACCGAGUUUGGGACACACUUUAAACCAUACCAUGGAUCUCUGUCUCCAAGAGGAACCCAAGACUGUUCGAGACAAGGGGUUCUAGAUUUGUACCCAAGGAAAAUACGGUGAACGAACUGAAGCCUCCAUCUAUUGCUUUCUUGCAAAUAAAGUGGGGAAAUUGAGUUCGAUUAUG